AUGCCUACCCGUUUGUCGAAGACCCGCAAGCACCGCGGCCACGUUUCCGCCGGUAAGGGACGUGUCGGAAAGCACCGCAAGCAUCCCGGUGGUCGUGGUCUUGCUGGUGGUCAGCACCACCACCGUACCAACAUGGACAAGUACCAUCCCGGUUACUUCGGAAAGGUUGGUAUGCGAUACUUCCACAAGCAGCAGAACCACUUCUGGAAGCCCAUCAUCAACCUCGACAAGCUCUGGGCUCUCGUUCCCCAGGAGACCCGUGACGCCUACGUCAAGGGUGAGAAGAAGGACACCGUCCCCGUCCUCGACCUCCUCCCUCUCGGUUACUCCAAGGUCCUCGGAAAGGGCCGUCUCCCUGAGAUCCCUCUGGUCGUCCGCGCCCGCUGGGUCAGCCGCCUGGCUGAGGAGAAGAUCAAGCAGGCCGGUGGUGUCGUUGAGCUCGUCGCUUAA